UUACUCCAUGCGGUUGUUGCGAACUGUCAACAUUGACUUACUCACACCUGAGAGAGGAGUAGGAGUAAACGCCUGAUCACUGAAACAUCCUCCUUCACGUCUAUUUCUUGGAAACUACUCGACACACUAAUCAACAUGAAGGUUCACGGAUCUACCUGCGCCCUGAAGAGCAAAGUCGGCGAUGACGACAUGGUGCGCUGCCUGUCCGAACAGAGCCUCGCCAUCUCCAAGUGCAAGAUCCCGCUGCUGGACGAGCAGAUGAACGUGUUCCUGCAGGACAUGAACAGCUGCUACAGCAAGCUCAAAGAGCUGGUGCCCACGCUGCCCACCAACAAGAAGGCCAGCAAGGUGGAGAUCCUGCAGCACGUCAUCGACUACAUCUGGGACCUGCAGGUCGAGCUGGACGAGCCUGAGAAGAGCCGCCAGCAUUCCGUCAGCGGCGGCGCCCGCACACCGCUGACCACACUGAACGCAGAACUGGCCGGCAUCACAGUAGAGAACGGGUGCUCAGAUGACAGGAUAAUGUGUCGUUAAGAACUCGGGGAGCAUCGCUCCGUGAUUCUACUGUGAGCAGCACCAAGAACGAACAAGGCUUCCUGAUGUGACUUCUCCACCACAUCGACAGAACAACCUUGAACUGUGUAGGGACGUUUCAAACUCCCAAAUGCUAGAAUUAAAAAAAGCGCUGCGUGGAUGUUUGUCCUGUAGCGAGGAUCUCUCUGCCAUCAACGGCUCUCGAUUCAUCCGAGGGUCCAGAGAGAAGAGGAGCGCGCGGCGGUGUCCAGACAGAGACAGGGUUAGUCAGGGGGACCAAGACAAAGUUCAGUGCAGCCAGCGUCCGCUUGUUGCUUCUAGAGUUUCUAAAAGAAAGUGAAAGUUUCUGUUAACACUCUUGUGUCUUGUGUUUAAAAAACCUUGUAGAAUAUUCAGAAUUUUUGUAUGAAAAGACGAAAAAGUAAAAAUUCUCAGAUUCCUGAGCAACAAACUGUAUUGUAUAUUACAAUGAGUCAUUAUGUGAAGAUAUUGUUUUCUUACAAUGUACCAUGUGUAUGUGUUUUUUAUUAAAACAAGACAAUUAUUUUUGAA